AUGAAUUGUUACGUUGGCGUUGAAUUCCAGAACAAUGGUGGAAUUUCUCUUGUUCACUCUGCCUGGUUAACACCGCUUAAACGAGAAGUCUUUUGGCCGCCAAAACAGACAACCGGAAAUUUUAUAAAAUUAUUAAAAUCUGGACAAGAGCCUCCCCAGGAUAACAGCUGGAAACUUCACCAAAUUAAGCGAAUUUUUUUCCAGACUGACGACUAUAAGAUUGCGGAGAAAAAAAUUAAAAAGGCUGAAAUUACCUCAGAUUUAACUACAGAUGCUGAGGAAUCAGCAAUUAUUUCACCUCGAAGGAAAAUACGUCCAAAGAAAUUUUCCACUGAUGAUGAGCAGGAAGAAGUGCUGUCAUCAUCAGAAGAUGAUUUUCCAAAAAACAAGAAACCUCUACCUAGACCAAAACCAAUAAUACGGAAGUCUAUUACAAACAUAUUAUCUGAUUAUUCUGGCCCAAUUCAAACUUUUCCAUUAGCUUCAGCUGGACAAUCGCAAAGGUCGUUUGAGGAUAGUGAUUCUACAAAUCAACUUUAUUAUUUGCCACCUCAACAUUCAGCAAAAGAUACUCAAUUGACUAAAUCUUCAGGACAAAUUAUUAGAGGUUCUGCGUCAAAUCAGUCAUUUUGCCAGGCUGCUGUUUCGAACUCGUCACCAUAUAAUCCGUCAACUAGUAAAGCAACUGAUGUACAGAGCAACAUCAGAGCUGUAGUGGAAAGUAAUGGAGCAAACACUCAAGAUGAUGUAAUCACUUUAUUGAAGACCAUUAGAGAACAGAACAAUCAAAUUUUGCAGUGGAUCCGAAAACAAGAUCGCAGUGGCAAUCACGCCAGUAAUACAGAUUUACCAGAUGAUAUAGGCGUACAGUUUCCUUUGAAUUCUCAAGAGGAUAUUACCAAAUUGGAAACAUACCUGAGUGAAAAAAAUAAUUGCCUGGCUUUGUCGGCAUAUCUAUCGACUUUUGGAGGGAGAGAUUUUACUGGACAUACAAACCGCAUUUUAAAUUUUUUGUUCACUUAUUCUCUUGCAACUAAUUGGAAUUUUUGUGGCAAACGAGGUGAGAAAAAGGCUUUUAAAAACUUAAACGUAAAGGAUGUGAUUAUUGGUGCUGUAAGAAAAAGCUCCCCUCUAGUCAGUCAGAAAGAAAUAGAAGAUACCAUCAAGGUGUGGUUGAAACAUGCACCAGAGAAAUUGAAAAAGCAGCAGCAUGGCAACCCGUAAGAAAAAAAGUGUUGUUAGUCAAAGACAACUCUACAGAAGGGUGGCAGAAGCAAAUUUAGCACCUGUGAGUCAGAAUUGUUAUAAUACAUCUUUAAUAGUUAAUAAUGAUUCCAAUGAAUCAUCAAAUUCCGUUUUUUUUGCUGAUUCAAUGUGUGAAAGUGAAAAUGACACCUGUUCCUCAAGAGAUUUAGAUUUUAAUGUAAACUCGCCUAAUGAAAAUUUGCUCUUCAAUGAUGCG